UCUUGGGCUGGGGCUCCCUGCUCAUCAUGCUCAAACGAGAGGGCUUCUAUUCGCACCUUUGCUCAGCUCCGUUGAAAAGAAAUACCAGUAAUCCAUCGUUUUUCGCGGUUAAUUGGUACCAGACCCACCCGUGAAAAGUGAAAAACCAUCAAGUAGGGGUAAAUGGCGUUUUUUAUUUAUUUUUUUGCUUCAUCGGUCCUUGUCGUCUUGCUGGGGAUGUUGCAUUAUAUAUAUCAAUGCGGGCUCCCGCUACAGUACUGUAUGAAUGCAUGCUGCUGUUUUUUUAAGUUCAAUUUUUUUCAAUUACAGUAUUUAUUUUUUUGCUUCAUUGGUCCAUGCUGUCGUGCCCUAGACGGUGCAUCAGUAUGGAGCGAUCUGACUUUUUUUGGGGGGGGGAAUUGUCAGAAAUCCGCGAUGCACUGAAUUCGCGAUAGGAGAUCCGCCAAGUAGGGAGGGAUUACUGUAUGUAUGUAACAACCGUAGGGAGUGGGGAAUAAAGUGUACAUAUCGUAUAUAUUAACAUAUAAUGGUUAUUGUGAAACGCGAAACCAAUUGCCUUGGGUUAAAAUUUCACAUUUUUGUCUAUUUCAUUAUUAUAUAACUACCAGGCCUCAGAUCAUUGAGUACAGGGAUGCCCACACUUUUUUGCCCCAAGAUCUACUUUUCAAGCAACCAGCCUCUUGCAGUCUACCGAUGUGGUGCGGGAGGCGGCGGGGGGCAUCGUCGUAACUGCUGUGGAGAAAGCAAGAGCAGAUGGUAAAUAGGAAGCCAGCUUGCUAGAAUGCACCUUCAUGUGCACAUGCUGAGUGACACAUGUUUAAAAAGGACAGGAUUGAUCAACGGGACUGUCAGUCAACUGACGCGCGCGAUCAAUGUAUUGGCCACACCUAAAUCAAGUGACGAGAUAGAUGGCAGGCAGACGUUUUUAUUGGCACGCGGGCACACAAUCGACCAAAACGCUCUCGGCGAUCAAUGCAUUGGGCACCUCUGAUUUAGUACCAGCCCGCACAGAUAGAAUGAUAUCUUAAUUAAAUUACAUGUUUUUUCCAUGUUUUUUUUUUGGAGCAGGUGGCAUGACUUGAGAACUUUGGCACCCGCCACAAGGCUCACCUCACAGGGGAAGUGUGUGGGAAAAAAAAGCUCCCUGCAAAUGGAUAUCCUAACACCCCCACUGCUCUUCCAAUGUCAAGCUUCCAAUGUCAAAAACUCCACCAGGGCCAACCGCUCACCCAGGCCCAGCACAUUGCCCUUCUGUCCGUGUCAGGAACCAAGUUAGGGACCACUGCGCCGACAUGGUUCAUUAACAGCUUUUUGUUAUGCUCAUGUGACGCACAGAGAACGAUUCGGUGGUGGUGCCUCUCAGCAACUCGUCCGAUGGUGAGCAGGAGGAAUGGCUCAGUUGUGUGAACCAGGAGGAGAUGUUGAAUCUGGGCUUCACUAUUGGCUCCUUCCUGCUCAGCGCCACCACCUUGCCUCUUGGGAUCCUGAUGGACAGGUUUGGACCGCGUCCCAUUCGCCUGAUGGGCAGCUCAUGCUUUGGUUUGUCCUGCAUCAUGAUGGCCGUAUCUGCCUACGACCCCCCAACGCUGUCAGCCCUCAUAUUUCUGGCCCUGUCCAUGAACGGUUUUGGAGGCAUCUGCCUGACCUUCACCUCGCUCACGCUGCCCAACAUGUUCGGUGCUCUGAGCUCCACCAUUAUGUCUCUGAUGAUUGGCUCGUACGCCUCCUCUGCUGUCACCUUCCCUGGAGUCAAGCUCAUCUACGACGCCGGUGUGUCCUUUGAGGUGAUCAUGUGGGGCUGGGCGGGCCUUGCCGGAUUUGUCUUUGCUAACUGCUUCCUAAAUUGGCCCAAGGAAGGUUUUCCGACGCCCGAAGAAGUUGAUUACAGUAAAAUCCUCACAACGCAAGAGCUGCCGUCUCCAGACCAGAAGGUUGUUGGAGACAGACUGAGAGAAAAAAAUAGCGACGUCCAGCACUCCACGGAGAAACUUCCCAAUGGAGGCGAUGUUGCACCCAAUGCUGUUCCCUUCCGUCGCUCCGUCUUCUCCCCCAUUUUUCUGUGGAGUCUCGUCACUAUGGGGAUGUCGCAGCUGAGAAUCAUCUUCUUCAUGGGUGCCAUGAAUAAGAUGCUGGAGUUCAUGGUGAUGCACGGCGAAGAACACCCAUUGGAAGAUUUGGUGAUUGAGAGCGCAGAGAAAGUGAGUUUCUACUCUUCGAUCUUCGGCACCCUGCAGCUUCUCUGCCUCGUCACGUGUCCCUUGAUUGGUUACAUCAUGGACUGGAAAAUGAAGGAGUGUGAAGACGACAAGCCUCUCACAGCAGAAAGUAAAACGAGCCAGACAAGCAAGCCCAAGCGGGACCGGAAGAUCCAGAAGGUGACCAACGCCAUGAGGGCUUUCAUCCUUACCAACCUGCUGCUCAUUGCUUUCGGGUUAUGUUCCCUCAUCGACUGCCUGCCACUACAGAUCCUGACUUUCAUCCUUCAUACUAUGGUCCGAGGCUUCAUCCAUUCCUGCUGUGGAGGCCUCUAUGCCGCUGUCUACCCGUCCAACCACUUUGGCACACUGACAGGCCUCCAGUCCAUGAUCAGCGCCGUGGUCGCCUUGCUCCAGCAGCCGCUCUUCAGCGGCAUGGUCGGCCCACUUAAAGGAAACCCCCACUGGAUCAACGUGGGCCUUCUGAUCCUGUCAUUCUCCGGCUUCCUGUUGCCUGGUUACCUGUUCUUCCACCGCAGAGCUCUGAUAAGGGAAAAAGAGGCCCGUGACAAAAGGGCUACUGGUCCAGAGAUGCAAGCGCUCAACUCCACAGAGGCCAACGGUUACAAGCACCACGGCAAUGGACAGGCGGCUGUCGAAGCUUAAAACUCACCAAUAGAAGCAAGGAAAUAAAGCUUUUAUUUUUGUACGUGCCUUCAUAAUGAGCAGCAAUAUGUCCAAUGUUUUUAGGGUGAUUGUAACACCAUUUUCAUAGGUAAGAUAGGACCACGCCCGCACCAGCACCCCAGCCCCGAGGCUUGCCCGUCUGUGCUUUGACUGAGAGUGUAAGUUGCGUUCACGCUGUGGUGGGAUGUGGGCGCAAACUGUGUCACCGUCAUUUAUUUAUUGAGGUUGAUGUUGGCACAUCCAACGAGCGCGAUCCAAAGCCAUACACGAUGCGUUCUACUCAACAACGCACACGCCCACCCUGGUGUGGCCUCAGAGUUACACUGCGGAUGUCACGGUACUUGAAACACUUGAAUCAAGUUUUCAAAGAGUUAUUAUUAUACCAAUCCUCGCGAACACCAAAGAGCAACUUAGAAAAUUGUAGAAACGUUGUUUCAGUAUUGUUUGAAGUCUUCCUGAGUUUUAGUGCAUUAUUAUCGUUAACCAUGCCGUCUCCGCUAAGAUCAGAUAAGAAGAAGAUAAGAUAAGAUAAAAAAUAAAUGUUCCUAAUCCAGGAAACAUGAUCAAUAAUGAUUAUUCUGCAGAUAGGCCUGGUUGUAGAGACGCCAUAUCUACCUCCAUUUCAAUAUUGUGUACUGUCUCUCUGCAGCUGACUGCACCAUCUGUCCACUUUUUUUUUAACAAUAGAAAAAAAAAUCCCACAAGGACAAUUGGCUGAUUAUUCAAUGAUGAGUCAAUGAUGUUUAACACUUUAUACUGCUUUAUGCACAGAAUUGAGACAGUGUGUGUAUAAAAUGUAUUUAAAGUGUACUUUUGUAUGAUAGCUGCUGUAGAAUUCAAAAGGGAAGCAUUUGUUGGACCAACAAAUGUUUUGUAGAGUGCCAAAACGAUUGCCCACCUGCGCUUUGCUUUUUUUGUCGUGCGUGUCGUGUAGAUUCACGCGUAAGAAUCCUGCCAAAAUAAUUCACUCUGUAAAUAGCCAUGAGUGUUGUAAUUUGUGACAUUUUCUUAUUUUACCACAUACGGUGUAUGUGUCUAGUUUGUUGCAGUGUAUUUACCAGAAGAUACUUGCUGUGCUUCUAAGUUCUAUGUAGUUAGUUGUAUCAGAUUGGAUAAUUAUGAUCAAACCUGUAGGAUUGUAAACUUUAAAAGUACAGUUUGAACUUAUGCAAUCACUUUGUAAAUGAUGAUUUGAUUUGUUUUGACUCAUUACAUUUCAGGGUCACUACGGGUUGAUUUUAUGACCGUUAAGAUGUUUAGUUUGUUUUUUUUCUUCUCUGGAUUGUGUAUUUCAUCUAAACUGUGCCUUUCUGUCAUGUGGCUGCACGGCAAAACUGACUUCAAGUAAACUGCCUAACCAAAUCCAAUAUUUUUGGGACUGUAUAGUGCAGAGAGGUGGUCAAAGUUGCAACAUUUGCAUGAGAAAGAGCACGUUAUAUACGUGUGUAGAACUUCUAAAGUGCCAGUGGUGUUAUCAUUGCUGUAGUCUGAAGUAAAUUUGGAAUGCUAAAUUGGAUAUCUACAUCAUCCAAAUUGAUGUAAUGCCUGUUGUUUGGUCUAAGCCAGGAGGAAAGCUUUUGCACGAUAUUCAAUCAACACCGCUGGCAUUGUCCUUUGCGUUACUCUAUAAAUUAUCAUUCAUGCACAGUUGCUAAUGUAAUCCUGCUUGACAUAAUUAAUUCUUGGUAUUCAUUUUAACCAGCUUGUGGAUUGC